UAUCAAACUCUAAAUCUUCAUUCUCAAGCCCCAACUUUUAACAAAUCCUCAUAUUUUCUCUAGAUCAGUUUACUUCUCUCUUUUAGUUUCUUCAACCUUAUUUUUGUUAAUUCUCAAGAAAAGGGGCAAAUUUUAAGUACCCCUUCCCCCUUUUUCCUUUCUAUUUUCUACUACAUCACUUGUCUAUCUUAGGAACUUAAUUUCUUUAAGAGAUUUUAUAGAGUUCAAGAAACCAUGAGCAAAAUUCAAGAAAGCAUGAGCAAAAUUCAAGAAAACAUGUCUUACACAUAUGAUGAGGCUGCUCAAAUUAGAUCUUCCUUAUCUCAAAUCCUAUUAACAAGUAGUACCAACGCUUUAGACUCAAUCUUUUCUCAUUGCCAAGAAUCAAAUAAUCAAAUGCCUACUACUAAUCCUAUUUUUGAGCCUCUAGGUUCGUCCGUCGGCAACAAUAACAACUACGUCCCACUCCCGGACAAUUUUGGUUCUUCAGUCUACCUUAGACAAAAAGAUUUGUUACAAAAAUUUUGGGAAGAAAAUAGAACAAAUGUUACAAUUCCAACAACUUCAACACAAACCCCACAUCAAAACAAUUCUUUAUAUUCACAAAAUAAUAUUUGUCCAAGUAAAAAAAAGUUAUAUAGAGGAGUGAGACAGAGGCACUGGGGAAAAUGGGUGGCUGAAAUAAGACUACCUCAGAAUAGAAUGAGAGUUUGGCUUGGAACUUAUGAAACUGCUGAGGCUGCAGCUUAUGCUUAUGAUAGAGCUGCAUAUAAACUUCGAGGCGAAUAUCCACGAUUGAAUUUUCCAAAUAUUCGCGAUGAUUUGAGUAAGUUAGGAUUUGGAGAUAGUACAAAGAUGAAUGCUUUGAAAAAUUCAGUGGAUGCUAAGAUUCAAGCUAUGUGCCAGAAGGUUAAAAGGGAGAGAGCUAAAAAGGGUGCCAAGAAAAUUGUUGAAAGUGAUAAAAAAGUUGCAAAAAGUUUGGAUUUGGAGUCAUCAUCUUGUUCUUCUUCAAUUGUUUGUAAUGAGAGUUGGAGUAAUAGUGAUGUGAUUUCACAAAGUACUUCUGAAGAUAGAUUGUGGAAGAGUGAGAAUUCGCCUUGUUCUCUUCUUGAUGACUGCCAUGUGGGGCCCAAGAACGACGAUUCCAACUGUCAUAUCACUGGCAUCACACAUCAGUUCGAAAGACCAAUGGAAUUGGAGUUUGAAGAUUGUUCUCUUGGGAGAAUGCCUUCUUUUGAUCCUGAGUUGAUAUGGUCGAUUUUGGCUAAUUAGAAGUUAUAUCGACUUACUCUUCACGUGAUUUGAAUCUUCGACUUAUUCAGAAUCUUAUCUCGAGAUCUAUAGAGACUAUUUUAUGUUGUUGACAAUGUAAAUGGUUAAUUUUGAAGAAUGUGUAGUUAUUUAGUUAUGAUUUCUUUUGUCAA